AUGUCCGGAAAAUUGAUUAUGAAACGAAAACGUGCAGAUCAGCUUAGAUCGCAGCAAGCUGACCAGCAGCAACAGCAGGAUGUGGACACUGAGUCAACUGGCGAAAAGCGCCAUCGCUUAGAAUUGGAUUCCAGAUCGAAUACACCGCCAGUGGAGCAGUCCCAUAGUCCAGCCAUCCAUGUUGGCGAUGCGCCCAAUAGCAUUUUGCUGGAGGCACUGCAAAAGAUCAUGGAGCUGCAAUCAGAGCUGGAUUCAUUUGAACAGGACUUGGAUGAGCGGGAGGCUGAUGCGUUUGAUAGCGACGAGGAGGUGCAAGCGGAUGCCGAGGUAGCAGCCAUAGCUCCAGCUCAAGCCAUAGUCCCAGAUCGACGAAGUGAAGCCGAGGCAUUGGGCUUUGCCAUGUGUGCACGCGAAACGUUGCUCUUUCUGCAAAGCGAGGGUAUCUCCACGGAAUCAGUACUGUACAAGGCGCUGCUCGGAAAGCUAGUAAGCCAGAGCGAUGGGCUAUUACAUGCUUAA